UCCAAAACCCUUUAGAGGGCUACAAGAAACGAACUGAGUUCAGUAUCUGGACCCGAGAGGCCGGAGCUGGAGGUCUGUCCAUCGCAGUGGAGGGACCGAGCAAAGCAGAGAUCACCUUCGAGGACAGGAAGGACGGAUCCUGUGGCGUGGCGUACGUGGUUCAGGAACCUGGUGACUAUGAGGUCUCCAUUAAGUUUAACGAUGAACACAUCCCAGACUCUCCGUUCAUCGUCCCGAUCGCCACGCUGUCUGACGACGCUCGCCGCCUCUCCAUCACCAGCCUGCAGGAGAUGGGUCUGAAGGUGGGUCAGGAGGCGUCCUUCGCUGUGCAACUGAAUGGAGUGAGAGGCCUGAUCGACGCUAAGAUCCACACGCCGUCCGGAGCCAUCGAGGAGUGCUUCAUCACGGAGCUGGAAAACGACCAGCACGCUAUCCGGUUCAUCCCGAGGGAAAACGGAGUUCAUUCUAUCGACGUUCGUUUCAACGGCAGCCACGUUCCCGGCAGUCCGUUUAAGAUCCGAGUGGGAGAGCAAGGACAGGUCGGAGAUCCCGGCAUGGUGUCCGCCUUCGGUCCGGGACUGGAGGGAGGAACCACAG